UCAACCCAUUCGCCAUGUCACGUGCAAGUCUGCUGUUCCUGUUGUCGUUAGUGACGAUACUGAGCCUCGCGCAUGCGUGUCCGGACGCAUGUUACUGCGUCGUGCGUCAUGUGUGGUGUCACGAGGCCAGGCUCACCGAACUGCCCGCUGGGAUUGAACAAACAGUUCACUACCUCGAUUUAGGUGGGAAUGAUAUUUCUAGGCUGCCGCCCAUGUCCCUCGUGCCUUACCCGAACCUGCGCUCGGUAAUCCUCGGCAAGAAUCGGCUCUUGUACAUUCCCGACUACACCUUCGGGAACAUGACCUUCAUGGAGACGCUGCACUUGGACAACAACAACAUCACCAAGGUUGCUGAAAACGGCUUCAAGGGACUCGGUGGACUCCGGACACUGGGCCUGUCCGGAAACCGGCUGACGGAAGUCCCUUCCGUGGCUCUACGUCAGAUCCGGAACUUACGUCACCUGGAUCUCUCAAACAACAACAUCCACAACCUCGUGCAGCAUUCUUUCGCCGACGUGCCUUACUUAGAAUCAUUGAACCUGAGCUCCAACUGUAUUGAGAAAAUAGACAAAGAAUCCAUCUGUUCGCUCCGCAGAAUGAAGCAUCUGGACCUCUCUAACGCCUGUCUGUACCAGGUGCCAAGACAAGCCCUCGUCCGUCUGGACCAGCUCCAGACCCUGAACCUGGCGGGAAACAACCUCAAGCGCAUCUCCGUCUUCGCCUUCGGUGCCCAGAUCUACCUGAAGAGUCUUGACUUGAGCAUGAACAAGAUCACGUACGUCUCACCUGAUGCCUUCAUCAACGGCUGCAGCCUGCAGAAACUCAGCCUUCAGGGGAACUCACUGUCCGCCGUGCCCACUAAAGCCUUCAAACCCAUGAAGAACUUAGAAAACGUGCAGCUAGGACACAACCGCAUCCGGAGGGUAGCUCCCGGGGAACUGGACGAUUUUCCCACCGUGAAGGUUCUGGGACUGGACGGUAACCAGAUCAGGUCCGUCUCGAGCCGGCUCCUCACGCGGCUGCCGAAGUUCCAGGCGCUGGACAUCUCCGACAACCCGCUGUCCUGUGACUGCAACCUCGACACGUUCCUACGGUGGGCCGACCGCAAGCUGAUCUCCGUGACCCAUUCGGAGGCUGGCUGGCGACCGUACCGUGAGACGUGUGACGCCGCGGCCACUGCCGCACCUGUCCCCGAGCAGGAGCCGUGUCCUGCCCAGUGCCGCUGCCUGCGGGGUCCCUUCUCCUUCUGCGGCCCCUCGGACUCAGCCGCGCAGUACGUCUCCGUGACGUGCGGCCGCCAGGGCCCGUGGGAGCUGGCCUCCGUACCGACCCGUCUGCCCACCCGGACGAGGAACCUGUACCUGGACGGGAAUAAGAUCGCUGUGGUGCGGGAGGAGCAGUUACUAGGCGUGCCGGAGUUGGAGGCAUUGUCCUUACAGGACAACCAGCUGACAGAGGUUCCCGUUGACGCACUGAGAGCCGUGCCCGAUCUGAAGUACCUCCUCUUGGCCAACAACCCGAUCUCAGACGUGCCGGCCUUCGCGUUUGCCUGGGUUCCCGGUCUGACUGCGCUGAACCUGGCGAACACCUCCCUGACUGCCGUGCCGUCCAAGGCGCUCCGCCUGCCGCGGAACCUCACCACCCUGCAGAUCAGCGGGCACAUCAAGCGCCUCACAGCGGUCACCUUCGUCGGUAUGAGCUCACUAGAGAAUCUAGUCAUGGACCACAACUGCUUCAAGUCCAUAGACGACGUCACGUUUGAGCCCCUGGUCAGGUUGGUACGGUUAGGGCUCAGUAACGCCUGUCUGCGGGACAUUCCGGUACUGCAGUUGGAGAGGCUUCCCGAGCUACUCUACCUCGAUCUCAGCAAAAACACCAUCUCUGACGUCUCGGACGGCGCCUUCAUCGGCAAUCAGCGCCUGCGGGAACUAAAUCUCGCCAACAACGAGAUCUCGCGAGUCUCACCCUCCGCGUUCGUGGGUCUGGCGGAGCUGCAGAAGCUGGACAUGCGCCACAACCGUCUUCCCAGCGUGCACAUCGACGCACUACUGGCCAUGGCUGGGAACCUGGAGGUCCUGGACUACAGCUUCAACAGGGCCAGAGACCUCCGCCGCUGGAUGGACUCCAAGCAGAUCGACCUGUCCCCGUUACGGGGGUUCCAGGGAACGUGGUGCGCCGCCCCGGAGAGGCUGUACGGGAGAAGCCUCAAGUCCGUCUUCCCGGCAGAACUGUGCCUCGAAAAACAGUCGGGAAGUCCGCAGGGCAAGAGGACCAGGUACCAAACGGAACCACGGCCCAUUUUUCCAACCAGCGGCAUUCAAGACGAGAUCAGCACCUUAUUGGAUCAGGUCCUGGGGCGUGGCAAAGAUGACGAACCUGACCAAUCAGAAGUCAGCACCUCUGUUGACAGCCAAUCAGAGGACAAUAAGCGCACCCCUCAGUCCUCCGUAGACAAGGUUCUGUCACGCCUGAGCAUUCUUUCUUCGCGGAUGUCCAAGAUCGAUGACCUGCUCGCACGCCUGAGAAAGAAACCGCAACGCAGCCGCCGCUAGGCGGCGCACCUGCACGGUCCUGCUGUGGAAGAGUGCAAGCUACAGCCGAUGUCAACAAAGGAGGCAGUACCAUGUCCCCUAAAAGCCUUGUUCUAUCAUGCAUAACUUUUUCAAGGACUUCAAUGCCUAUUCUAGCUAUAAGGGCCUUAUAGCAAGUGUCAUUAUUGAGAAAAAUCAUGUAGUUUCAGUCCUUGACUAAACUACAUGUGUAGGAAUACAUGUACCAAAACUAUAGGAAUACAUGUACCAAAACUAUAGGAAUACAUGUACCAAAACUAUAGGAAUAAUACUUUUUUAUUAGUGGUGCUAUCUCAGCAGAUUUGUAUUGAAUGGCAGAGCCAUGUAUGUGUUUAGACUAAUGCUUCUCUCUUCUGUCAAUACCCAAAGGAGGUUCUACCAACUUUUGGAAGUAAACUUUUCGUUUCUCUUUGCAAUUUUGACUUAGAUGUUGAGAAGUUACUACCUUUGUAAUAUGCCUUUAAUGCAAUGUGCAGCAUGUAUUAACAGUAGCUGAAUUUUAAUCUGAAAGAUGUUUUCUUCUAUGGGCUUAUAUUUAUAUUAGCAUAAGCACUAUUAUAUGUAGCAUACGGUGGCUUAGCCAUCAGAAAAAUGGCCUUUUCUCUAUACAAAGUAGAAAAGUUAUCACUCAUACUUUGUGUGCUGUGCUUUUUCUUAAGAGUGUAAAAAUAACUUCUGGUAUGAACUGGACUGUUACGAAAAUUAGUAUUGUUAAACUAACUUUUCUAUAAAUAUACUAGUAACAGCUCGAGUGGCAGGAUAUAGACUUCAAUGUCACAAAAAAAAAUUAAUAUCCAAAAUUCAUGUAAUUGUGUAUAAUUAAUUACCACUACAUGUAUGUGAUGUAAACAUCAACUGAGUUAUCUGCAUUUUUGCAAUAAAAACUUAGGCUGACUAGAAGAUCGUGUAAAAUUACUUUUUUCAAAGAAAGAAGGUGACAGAAAAAUACCAUAACCUUAUAGAUGUUGAUUGUAGUGUUUUUUUAAUUGUUGUUAUGUUGUAAGAGCACCAUUACAAUAUUAGUCAGUUAAUAUUUCUG